AUGGGACAGAAGGAGGUGUCUAACUUGAUCAAGAGAAAUGUGGUGCAGCAUGUAGCACAAAUGUGCGAGAAGGCUGCGUUAGUGCAUGUCAUUGAUGUUAGAUGCCGUGACAAUAAAAUUGGUACCGGAACCAUGGCAGGACCGUCGAAAGAUGGAGAAAAUCUUCUCAUUGCACUUUACAACUUUAGCCAACGGCGGUUUUGA